UGAUUUACAACACGAAAAUUUUUUGGACGCUAUUAUCGUUAUCGCUGCGCUAAACCUUAAAAAUGCUUCUUCAUUGCAAAAACAUAGGUAUGUGGGUGUGAGAGGUUGUCCCACCACUCGGAACAGACCAAGUCAACUUGACCCACUCACCUCCCAUACACAGUACAUUUCAACAGAGCGUAGAAGCAGAGGGGCAGCAGGAAGGAGGGGGCAGGAGCAGCAGAGGCAGGAGGAGAGGGCAGGGCAGGGGGAGAAGGCAGCAGGGAGGGGGGGGCAGCCAGACAGGGCAGGGGUCAGGGGAGCAGGGCAGCAAGAGCAGGAGCAGCAGGGCAUGGCAGGGAGAGAGCAAGGGGCAAAAGCAGAGGGCAGCAGGGGAGCAGGAGCAGAGAGCAGAGGGGGGGAGAAAGUAGGAAUACAGGCAGGCACACAGGGAGAGGCACAGGACAUCAGGGGAGAGCAGCAGCAGAGGAGCAGGCAAGGGGAGGCAGGGUGCAGCAGCAGGGGGGAGCAGCAGGGGGCAGGGGAGACAGUCAAGCAAGCAGAAGGGGGGAUCAAGCACCAGCAAGAGGGGGAGAGACAGCACGGCAGGGGGGUCAUGGGGAGGAUGAGACAGCAGCAGGAGGGAGAGCAAGGAGGGGCAGGGCAGGCAGAGUGGCAGAGGGGGGCAGGAGCAGCAAGGCAGCAGGGAGUCAGGGGAUAUCAGGCAGAGGAAGGCAGGCAGGGCAGAGCAAAAGAGCAGGAGGGGGGGCAAGGCAUCAGGGAACAGGGAGCAGCAGCAAGGCAGGGAGGCAAGGGAAGGGGGCAGAUCAGGGGCAGGGGAUGCAGGCAGAGGGAGGGAGGGAACAGGGGGAAACAGGAGCAGGCCAGAAACAAUCAGCAGGGGCAGGGGAAGGCAGCAGGAGGAGGAGGAAGCAGAGGGGGAGGCAGGCACAGAGCAGGAGGAGAGAGGAGGGUAGCAGAGGGGCACAGGGGGGCAGGAGAGCAGGAGCAGCAGAGUCAGGAGCAGGGGCAGCAGGGUCAGGGCAAAGCAGGGAGAGCAGAGCAGACAGGGACAGCAGCAGCAAGGGAGAGCAGAGACAGCAGCAGGGGGGGCAGGGGGGCAGAGCAGGGGGCAGGCAAGGGAGCAGCAGGGCAGCAAGCAGGAGGGGAGGCGAGCAGAGAGGCAGGUCAGGGAGACAUCAGCCGCAGGAUCAGGAGGGCAAGGCAUGCAGGAGCAGGGGCCGUAUCAGGCAGAUCAGGAGAGGGCAAGACGAGGCAGCAAAGGGGGGGAGAUCAGAGGAGGUCAGCAGGCAGAGUAAGGAUGGGAGAGGGGGGAGAGGGAGAGGCAUGGGCACACAGCAGCAGGAGGAGCAGAACAAAGGGGGGGGCAGGCACACAGAGAGGCAGGGGGGAGCAGGAGCAGGGAUCAGGGGGGGGGAGUGGGCAGGCAAGGGGCAGCAGGCAGCGCAGCCAGGGGGCAGGAGGGGCAGGAGGAGGAGGGGCAGGGAGGGGGAGGAGGGGAGGGCAGCAGCAGCAGCAGGGGGGGAGCAAGGAGUGGGACAGGGGCAACAGCAGGCAGGAGGAGGGAGGUGGGGGUCACAGGCAGCAGAGCAGGCAGGCAGGGGGAGCAGGGGGCCAGAGGAGGCCAGCGGCAGGCAAGGGGGAGGGGACAAGGGGGGGUGGGGCGAGUAGGGGCAAGAAGGGGCAGCAGGCAAGAUCAGAGGGCAGCAAGAGCAAGAACAGAGCAGGGGGCAGAAGAUCAAGAGCAGGCAAGAGCAGGGAAGGGGGGAGCAGGAGGGAGUCAGGAGGAUAUCAAGGAGCCAGCAGGAAGCAGGAAGAGAGAGAGGGCACAGGGAGGUCAGGCAGAGGGAAGGGUCAGAGGAGCAGGAGGAGGCAGCAAGCAGAUCAGCAGGGGCAGAGUCAAGGAGCAGAGGGGAGAGCAGCAGGCAGUCAGGGCGGCAACAGGACAGCCAGAGGCAGGCAGAGCAGCAGCAAGGGGCAGAGCCAGAGGCAGCAAGCAGCAAGGAAAUCAGGGGAGGGGAAAACAGGGGAGGAGGCAUUGUGGGUGGGAGGGGAAGGGAGGCAGGACAGGAGUGAGCAGCAGCAGCAGGGCAGCAGAAGCAGGAAAGGGCAGAAGCAGGGGGAGGGGAGGAAAGGGGCAUCAGGAGGGACAGGGACAGAGGCAGGCAGCAGGGGGGAGGAGGCAGGAGGGGGGGAGAGGGGUCAGGGAGAGUGGGGCAAGGGGCAGCAGCAGGCAGAGAGGCAGGGGCAGCAGGCAGGGCUAGGCAGGUCAGGGGGCAGAGCAGACACGCAGGAGAACAGAAGGCAGUGGGGGCAGGCAGACAGGGAAGGCAGGAAGAGCAGGAGAGAAAGAGGCAGAGUCAGAGAAAGAGAGGGGGGGCCACAGCAGAGCACAGGGCAGAGGGGGGAGGCAGGGAGGGAAGAGAGAAUAGCAGGGGCAGGAGUGCAGAAGGACAGAGGGGAAGAGCAGGUCAAGGAAGCAUCAGACAGGGGGGAGGCAGCAGGCAGGAGGUGGGAGGUACAGACGGGGGAGGCAAAAGCAGAGCAAGCAGGCAAUGAGCAGGGGAGAGCAGGCAAGGGAGGGCCAGCAGGGAGAGGGCACAGGAAGAGGCAGGGGUCAGAUCAGGAGAAGGGGGAGGGGUCAGGCAGGGAGAUCAGUGAGCAGAGCAGAGGGGCACAGGGGGAAGGAGGGAGGCAGGAAGACAGGAGGGAAGCAGGGAAAGGUCAGAGGGGGCAGCAGCAGAGCAGAAAGAGAGAAGACAGAGGCAGCAGGGCAGCAGGGAGAGACAGGAGGCAGCAUGCAGCAGGAAGACAGCAAGGGGAGGGGGGCAGAGGGAAGGAGGGAGGCAGCCAAGCAGCAAAGAAGGCAGCAGGGCAGCAGCAGAAGGGCAGAGGGCAGGAGGCCAGAGCAGGUGUCCGUGCAGGGCAGGGGGGGGCAAGCAGGGUGGCAGAGGCAAGACAGGCAGGGGGGCAGCAGGGAGGCAGGGGGGACAGGAGCAGGGGAGAGGAGGAAGCAGAGGCAGAGGCAGAAGGUGCAGGGGGACCUCAGAAGCAAGGAGAGUCAAGGGCAGAGGGAGCAGGGGGCACGCAGAGGGGCAUGGGCCAGGGCAAGAGCAGGCAGGCAGGGGAGAUCAGGGGCAAGGAGCAGAUCAGGGCAGCAGCAACAGGAGAGCAGAAGGCAAGGAGGGAUCAGCAGGGCAGCAGCAGGGCAGGGGACCAAGAAAGAAAAGGGCAGGGAGGCAAGCAGGACAGGGAAUCAGGGGGGGCAGCAGGGCAGGGGGAGAGGGGGGAGUCAGGCAGGGCAGGAGGAGGACAGGCAAAGCAGGGGGGCAGGGUCAGCAGGUCAGGAGAGCCCAGUUAUCAGGGAAGGCAGGGGCAGCAGCAGCAGGAGGGGUGGGGGAGGGGGGUCAAGCAGCCAGGCAGGGGCAGGGCAGCAGAGGGAGCAAGACAGCAGCAGGGGAGAGGAGCAGAGGUUAUCAGCAGGGAGGCCAGGGGAGCAGGAGUGCAAGGCAGGAGGCAGGAGAUCACACAGGGAGACAGCAGGGAGGGCAGCACCAGGAGGGAGGCAAGAGAGACAGGGGAGCAUGCAGGGGCAGGAGCAUGCAGAGCAAGACAGCAGGCAGAGAGAGGAGGAGCAGAGGGCAGCAGAGAAGAGCAGCAAGCAGGGACAACAGGCAGGAGCAGAGUAAGUAGGCAGGGACAGGCAGCAGGAAGACUAAGGGAGAGGAGCAGGGGCAGGGCUAGGAGGAUGAAGGGGGGUCAGCAGCAGGGCAGGAGGCAGCACAAGGGGGUCAGAGACCAAGCAGCAAGGGGGAGCAGCAGGGCAGCACAGGAAGGCACAGAGGGCAGGGGCAAGGGGGAAGAGGAAGGAGAGAACAGCAGGCAGGCAGCAGGUAUCAUGAUCAGCAGCAGCAGGAGCAGCAGGGAGGCAGGGAGGCAGGGAGGCAGAAAAAAAAGAGGCAUGGGCAGAAGGAGGCACAGGCAGAGGCAAGGCAGGACAGAAUGGGGGGGGGGGCAGCACACAUGUCAGGUCAGGGAGGGCAGAAAGGGCAGGCAGGGAUUCAGGAGCAGGAGGACAGGCAGGGCAGGAAGCAGAGGCAGAGGGCACAGAGCAGGGAGGCACAUAGGAGACAAGGGGAGGACAGAAGCAGCAGCAGAGGGGGGAGGGCAGAGGGGGGGGGCAAAAGAAGGGAGGCAGGACAGAGGGGCAGGGCAAGAGGUGCAGGGAGGCAGGGCAGAAAAAGACAGCAGGGGACAGCAGUGGGAGAACAGGAAGCAGAGGUCAGAGGGCACGAGGGGCUCAAAGGGGGGCAGGAUAAGAGCAAGGAAGAGGCAGAGGAGGGGGGCACCAGCAGGGGAGGGCAGGGAGGAGGGAGAGGGAGGGGCAGGAGGUGGAGAGGCAGCAAAAGGCAGAACAGGAGGGAAAGGAACAGAGGAGGCAGCAAGCAGCAACGGUGGAGGCAGCACCAGGGGAGCAGGAAGGCAAGCAGGAGAGAAGAGGGGGGCAGCAGGAGGCAGGUCAAGGCAGCAGGGAGGGAACAGGACAGGGCCACAGCAUGGGAGCAAGGCCGGCAGCAGCAGGGAGGGGAGAGCAGGCAGAGCAGAAGGAGGCAGGGAAGGGGAAAGAACAACACAGAGAGCAAAAGCACAGGAGAGGAUAGAGCCAGGGGGCGGGAAGCAGCACGAUAGCGAGCAUGGUGCAGGCAGGCAGGGAAGGAGGGAGAGGGGGGAGGACAGGGGGGCAGCAGCUAGGGGUCAGCAAGGGGAGCAGGGGGGCAGGGCAGGCAGAGGAAGCAUGAGGAAGGGAGUGCAUCAGGAAAGCAUGCAAAGGGAGCAGAGCAUGCAGGGAGCACAAAGUGCAGGCAGGGAGAGGGAGGCAGAAGGGGGACAGGUGGGGCAGGAGGGGGGGACAGGUCAGGGGGGGCAGAGGCAGGCGAGGAGGGGGGCAGGAGAGAAGCAGGCUAAGGGCAGAGCAGGCAGGGCAGCACAGAGAGAGGCAGGAGGGAGAGAAGUGAGGAGGGCAGGCAGCAGAGAGGAGCAGGGAGGCAGGCAGGAAGUGGGAGAGAGGGGCAGGAAGGGGGGAGCAGAGGAGGCAGGAGGAGACAGUAGCAGAAGGGCAGGCAAGGGGGCAGAAGGAGCAGAGCAGAGGCAGAGACAGGAUCAGCAGAAGGGGCACCCAGAGCAGGGACAGGAGGAGGGGAGCAGCGGGAAAGAGAGGAUCAGCAGAGCAGUGCAGAAGGGCCAGAGAGCAGGAGGCAGAGCAAGGAGCAGGGUACAGCAGGGGGAGGCAGGUCAGCAGCAGGCAGCAGAGCAGAGGGGAGGGAGAGGAGGGGGGAAGUCAAGAAGCAGGGGGUCAGGAGAAGGAGGCAGCAGAGGGGGUGGGGGGAGGGAGGGCAGGCAGAUGGAGGCAGAGAGCAGAGAGGGGGCAGAUCAGGAGAGCAGGGGCAAGAGAGGGGCAUAA